AUGACUCAAGGCGAAAUCAGAAAAAGCCACCCCAAAAGAAGCCUGGGUCUUGUGGCAGACGAAAAGUACGCCCAGGUUUUGUAUAGUCACAAAAUUUACCAGUACUACGAGUCGCUCAGCGAGAAUCACGCUCAGUUGAACCCCAAGUGUGGUGAAAUCGACGAAUCCAUUUGGCCCACCUUGACUGGUGAAACACUUAUAGGCCCAGAAAAGGUCGGGCUCCGCUCUGCAUCGUUCUAUACUAUUGAUGAUAAGUUUUUGACCUCCUUUGAAGAUAUUGAAGAGCUUCAGGAGGGAGAGAACAAUUGUGGCUAUACGUUUUUCCACUUGGGGCUGAAGAUCACCGGACACCCGAAGAUCGUACACGGGGGGCUCUUGGCUACGUUGUUGGACGAAUUGACGUGCCGCGUCGCCUUCCAGAACUUCCAUUCAAAGAAGGGCGUCACGGCCAACUUGAACGUCAAGUACUUGAAGCCCUGUUUCGCCAAUAGUUAUGUCAUGAUCAAAUGUACCCUUGUGAACAAAAAAGGCCGCAAGUGCAUAACCAAGGGCCAAGUCUACAAGGUUGAUCUUGAUGAGGACUUUGAGGGUAGUGUACCAGAGUUUGUGGAGAGAAAGGAGAAUUUGUUGACGGAGGCAGAGGUUCUCAUGAUAGAGCCCAAGUGGGUGGAGGAGCUUCACAAUCAGGCGAAAGAAGCACACCAGGCUCAGCUGGCACAGCCAGCCGCUUAG